GAGAAAGUAGGAUUUACCAGAAAGGCCUGCAAAUCAUGAUUUCACCACAUUCCAGAAACUACCCACUGACCUGUCACCAAAUAUGAUGGACAUAAAUAACUUAAAGUAACAUUUUCAGACAAGACCUCACGUUCAGAUGUCAGUAGGAACUGGGCCACGAUAAUUGAGCGCAACAAAUAGAAAGAGAAAGUAGGAUUUACCAGAAAGGCCUGCAAAUCAUGAUUUCACCACAUUCCAGAAACUACCCACUGACCUGUCACCAAAUAUGAUGGACAUAAAUAACUUAAAGUAACAUUUUCAGACAAGACCUCACGUUCAGAUGUCAGUAGGAACUGGGCCACGAUAAUUGAGAUGGUGCUGUGAUGCACGAAAAUGUCAUGAAAAUGGGAUUGAAAGGAUAUUGUUUGCACCUGUGAUAAACCUCAACUUCAUCCACAACAAAGUGGUGAAGACAUGGCUGAACAGCAACAGAAUUUAUCGCGGUUUGAACCAUUUCAAACGAAACCAGUACAAAAAAGUGGAGCUAUUGGAAUAAGCAUGGUACCAACGCAGGUUUUAAGAAAGAACACAGGGACACAACUGACAAAGGACACCAGCGGUACUGAUAAAGAUAAAAACUUGACAGCAACUGGAUUUGCAUACAACAAUAAGGAAAAGCCGACUACUUCAGGACGCUUCCACCCUCGUUCUGUAGGAUUAGACGAAAUGGAAAGAAGGAACCAGAGUUCCUCCUGUCAUGAGAGACCACAAGAGAUUUCAAAAGACCGUAUCAGGCAAGUAGACAAACCAAGAACUGUUGCACGUAAUAGGGACUCUGAAAACAAAACGGCAUUGUUUGUAAAAUUUGCAGAAACAUUACAGAAAGACUUCGACAUAUUUGGAUAUCUGCUGCAGCGACUACCGAAUGGGAUGGACUUUACAUACAUCAACCAAACUAUUGAUAAACGAACUGGCAACACAGUUAUAGAACUUCAGUGCCCAAGUAGACGUGAUGCAGAACGCCUUGAGGAUGAACUAUAUCAAAGUAAUGAUGUAUGUGACACAAGCGUCUGCUGCUUUUAUUCAUUUGAAGAAGCCUGUAAUCUGACAAUGUCAACAAAACAGGAAUGUGAAGUCCUUCUUGCAGAAUGUGUAGAAGAUCUAGUGAAAAGGGCUGAAUUGUCUUUGGCAGCUCACCAAGUCAAGAUAGAAGAUCUAAAAGAAAAUUUAGGAAAACUUAAAAAGACAAAGUCGAAAUUUUUGUCAUUGGAAAAUUUCGGUAUUGUUGAUCAAGAACAGAAAGCACUAGAAGACAAAAUUAAAGAGCUUGAACUUCAAAAAGGAGAAUUUCAAAAUUUCAUUAUGACGGCUCAUCGAAAAUUCGUUGAAUUGAAGGACUCUCCAGUAUGUGCAAAACCAGCUCGUGAAAUAAUGAAAGCAUUUGGUGUGGAAUGUAACAGACUUGAUAAAGCCUUACCAAUGUACGCAAGGAGAUCAGACAUACUUGAUACUGUGAAGAAAAACCAAGUGUCUGUCAUCAUUGGAGAAACAGGAUCAGGAAAGAGCACACAGAUGGCACAGUACCUUUAUCAGAGCGGAUUUGCCAACACGGGGAUGAUCGUCUGUACACAACCUCGUAAAAUAGCCGCCAUUAGCGUCGCUACACAUGUUGCAAGUGAAAUGGGCACAUCUGUAGGGGAGAUCAUUGGGUACAAGGUCGGAAUGCAAGAGAUGAAAACUUCAUUAACAAAAGUUAUGUUUAUGACUGAUUAUGUUUUGCUGAGGGAAUGUCUCAAGGAUAGACAUUUGUCUUCAUUUUCCUGUAUAAUCAUAGACGAAGCUCACGAAAGAAGUAUAUUCACUGAUCUGCUUCUCGGUAUGAUCAAAAGCUGUCUUGCCGUACGCACUGACCUCCGUGUUGUGAUAACAUCCGCUACCAUUGAACCAGAAGUCUUCGUCCAGUACUUUAGACUAUGUCCAGUACUCUCUGUGUCCGGAAGAAUGUUUCCAGUAGAUAUCAUAUGGAAAGAACAAGAUUCUGACAUUGAAUCGAUUUCAAAUCACAUAGAAGAAUGUGUCAGGAAAGCAAUUGAUGUUCACUACCAUCAACCUGAAGAAGACAUUCUGGUGUUUGUAACCUCUCCACAAGAGACUGAAAAAUGUUGUGAGAAGUUCAUGGCUUACACGGAAGGCAGAAAUGAAAACUGUGUUUGUCUGCAACUGCAUGGGAAACUUCAAGCCGACGAACAAAGAAAAGUAUUUGAUACCCUCCUUGGUAAACGCAAAGUCGUGUUUGCUACCAACAGUGCUGAGACGUCUGUUACCAUUCCUGGCAUCCGAUACGUUAUCGACACUGGUUUGGUCAAGGAGAUGAGUUACGAUCCAAAACGGAAAAUGAAUACAUUGGCUGUGACAACAGUAACGAAAAGCUCAGCUGAUCAGCGAAAAGGUCGUGCUGGACGACUUGGACCUGGGAUAUGUUACCGACUGUAUACAGAGAAUGAAUAUGACAAAAUGAAAUCGAACAUGGUUCCAGAAAUACUACGAGUGAAUCUUGGCCAGGCAAUGCUUAAGCUGAUAGAGCUCGACAUUGAUCCAUUGGAAUUUGACUUUGUCUUGUCACCAUCAAAAGAAAUCAUGAAAAGCGCAGUGAUGGAGUUGGAGGAUCUUGGAGCUGUAUCGGCAAGAACAAUUACCAAUCUUGGAAAAUGGAUUUCAAAGUUGCCUUUCGAUCCUAAGUUUGGUGUUUUUAUUUAUGAUGCACUGGCAAUUGGUGCUGGUCUCGAAGGGAUAGUUAUAGCUGCGUCUUGUAGCAGAGGCUCCAUUUUCUUUCGAACUGGAGCUACUGAUGAAAAAGAACAAGCCGAUCGGAAGAAGAUUCCAUUUUGUCAUGCAGAUGGUGACCUGAUGACAAUGCUUAAUGUCUUUCGAGAAUGGAUCAGACAGCCAGAGAAAGCCAGAGGGCCAUGGUGUUUUGAUAAUUCAAUCAACGGCAAGACGAUGAAAGGAAUUAAGGAAGUAGUCAAAGACGUGUUGAUAACACUGAAAAGAGAAAUGCAAACAGAUGUGCCAUUUAAAUUUGAUGACCAUGGGAAGAUAGACCAUAUGCUCAUCAAACCCCUUCUGAAGACAUUUAGUGGAAAUGUCAGCCAUUAUCUUGGCCACCCUAAGGCAGGUUAUGUACUUGCUACCAAGGACCAGAGAAUAGAAGUUCACCCAUCAUCAGCUUUGAUGUCUUUGGCUAGUCAGCCAGAGUGGCUUGUAUUCGACCAGGUGAUGAGAACGUCAAAGGACUUUGCUAUGAAUAUUACACCAAUCAGUGAGGAAAUGGUGAUAAAAGGCAUCGAAGAAGGAUCACUGAAUGUGGAUAUUGGAAAAGCCAGAAGCAAACGUAUUCUACCCUUAUCUACAGCAUACGUGGGGCCCCAAAUUUUUAAAGAAGUUGUUGGAAUUCGAUAUACCGCUCUCCGGGCAUUAGAAGCAGCAUUGGUGGAAAAAUGUCACGGGUCUGUGGUUGUGGUAGAGGCUGACCGUGAAAAUGGUGAGCUGAAGAUAUUCUCAAAAUCGUCCAAUCAACAAACACUAGAAGGUUCGUUAGACAACGUGCUAAACCCUAUCAAAGAUAAUAUCCUUGAAGAGGAAAAAGAAGAAAAACUUGGUGUGAAGUCGACAGACCGAUCUUCUGUUAGAGCUGUGUUAGGGGCUGGAGGCUGUACAAAGACUUUGUUUAUGCCUGAUGAGUACAAGGUAGUUAUGAUUCACUGCGCUGUCAACAAGACACAGGAAUUGGAAUAUGAAGAUGUGUUUGAACAUUUUAGCAAAUUUGGAAAAAUCGCAAAGUGUAGCAAAUAUCACUUUAAGAAGAAUGCACCAUCACUUUGGGGUCAAGUGAUAUACCAGAAAACAGAGGAUGCUGUACAAGCUGUUGCACUGACUAAGGGAAACCCCGAUCUCUCUGCUCGACCUGACAUGCGGAUGAGUAAUGAUCAAUCUGAGAAGUUCAAAGUCCGGAUGCAAUGGUGCCGCAGACGUUCACGAGGGUUUGGCUUUGUUACAUUUGGCAGUGUUAUAGAUGCCGACAAUGCUGUUCGAAAAGUUCAAGUCUUAGUAGGCAUAUCAUUGGCCAAGAUCAGACCAUCGAAAUCAAAGACACCUUGUCAAUCUGUUGCAGGACAGAUCCAUGUUGCUGGACUAAGUCAAAUGGUGAAUGAGGAUGUUUUGAGGGAAAGUAUUGCCAAAAGUUUGAAUUUAGAUCCUGUCAUUGGUAUUACAAAAGUAACUGUUAUUAGAGAAAAAGUAGGUCUUGAAAGUGAAGAAAACCUUAACAUGAUGAAACGCCGUCUUCAUGCAGAAAUCGAAAACUAUGUCAAACAAGGGACCUACGAGUUGGAACUGAGAGCACCCCAACGAGAAACAGAGAUCAACUUCAAUGCUUUUGUUACUUUUGACAAGCCUGAAGAUGGCCAAGUAGUGUGUGACAAAAUGGAUCACAAAUUUGUAUUGAACGAUCAAAUUGUGUCUGCAAAGCCCGUUCUCAAUUGUUCCUUGUACAUUCCGAAGGGAAUUUACGAAAUGAGCGGCGACGCUGUAAAUCAAUGUGUCAGAGAGCUGGAAGCAGAAGGAGUUCGAAUGAAGAAGAAAACCCUCCGAAACGAGAACGUUAUCGUUGAGAUCACCACAGAAGACGUUGAAACCCUCGUCAGAGCGAGACGGUCUUUUCAAGAUAUUAUCAAAGGGGAAGUGGUCGAAUGCGACGAUCCAGCUACACUGAAGUCGUUAUUUACAUGGGAAGGUAAAAACAAGUUAAAUCAGAUCAUGAAUAAAACAGAAACACUCAUUGUUACAGACAACAGAAUGAUGUCUGUCUCAGUUCACGGGCUCCAACAAAAUCGACAAAGAGCGAAACAGAAAAUUGACGAGUAUCUUUUAGAAAUUUCGUCUGGCAACUCCGAAGUACUAGACUUGAAAGGCGAGGGAAAACCACCCGGAGUCUUGAAGGCAAUUUUUCUGAAAUAUUCAUUCGAUUUUUGUAAACUACGGGAGGAAACUGGUCUUGUUACUGUUCGAUUGGAUCUAAGAAAUCAUCGAAUAGUGCUGAGUGGACCAGACAGUGCAGUCACAACAGCUAAAACUCUCAUUAGAGAUAUCAUUGAAAGCCUAUCUCCUGAUGGUUUCAGAGGAGAGGAAGAUGAACCAGAAUGUGUCACGUGCUUUUGUCCUGUUGAGCAAAAAGUUUUGUACCGAGCGGAAUGCUGUGGUCAUCCCUACUGCAAGGACUGUCUCCAGGCUCAAGUUCAAACAUCCAUCAUAAACCGGGAAUAUCCAAUGAAGUGUGAAAUGGAAGAUUGCAACACUUUAUUUACCUGGCGAGAUAUAAUAAACUUGUCGAAAAUGGGUCAUAUCAAAAUACCCGAACUAACCGAUUCGUCAGUCGGUAAAUUUGUCCAGGAAAACAAGCAGCACUAUCGCUUUUGCGUUACACCUGACUGCCCUAUUGUCUACCGAGUAACAGAGUCUGGAAAGUCAUUUUCCUGUCCGGAAUGCAAAAUCAAGAUCUGCACAAGCUGCCAUGUACAGUUCCAUGAUGGCAUAACAUGUGCCAUGUACAAAGUACCGGGAAACGAAGAUCCACCCAUGACAAGAUGGUUCGCUGAAAAUACGGCAAACCGAAAAAGAUGUCCAAACUGUGGCAUCCCUAUAGAAAAGAACGAUGGAUGUAACAAUAUGUUAUGCUUGUCUUGCCGAAAGCAUAUUUGUUGGUUGUGUCUGGAAUUUUUUGACGGCAGUGGUGCAUGUUACGGACAUCUCCUUACUGCUCACGGCAGUUUCGUUUGAGAUAGCUAUGAACAUACAACAUACCCAUACGAGAAGAAAAAUGUGGAAGUUUCAACAAAAAAUUGGUUAACUUAUAAAAAAAAUAGUAAAAUAUUCCCGACUGUGCUACAUAUAUGUCUGUAGUGAAAAACAUGGAUGUUGAAAUAUAUGAUGGAUGUGUCUGAAAUUAUCUGUUAGCAAUAGAAAACAAGCUAUGCCCAUUUUGAGGAUGGUGAAAUCAAUGUUCGGUAUCAUUUAAAAUUCAUCAUUUUUGUGAAAAAUCGGUAAAUAUGUAUCACAAUGGAAAGAUAAGCAUCGUAUCAUUUAGGAAAAUACAUCUGUGUGGUUAUUAUUAAAUCUUUGGGAAACCAAAAACGAGGGAAGAUGCAUGAUAAUAUGAAAAGGUAACUUGUUGCAUGUAUUUUUACUUUAUUUGGCUUGAUAUUUAGCUUUGAGCUUAUCAGAUGGCACAUGUCGUCGUUGCGUAUAGGUCUAAUUCACUGUUACAUUUUAUAGAAAUUUUUGUUAUUGCUCUAGCGACUUUUUAAACAGAUUUUCAUAAUUCGUGUAUUGGUCAAUCUCGAAAAAAAAAAUCUUGUUUAAGGUAUUAAGAUCAAAAUAUUUAGAGCUGAAUUAGAUUUCAGCUAACCUAAAAAAAAGAUUUGUGACGUGAUUCAUGAAUAUCAUAUGAUCCUGAAAUGAAAUUAAGGCGUUUAUCACAUUGUGGAGACUUUUGCGGAGUAUACGCUUACACAAACAUGUUGUUCAGUACUAGUACUGUGAAUUAUACCGUUGAUAUUUGGAAUCUCGUCACCUUUGACAUUAUAACGUUUCUGAAUUCAGUACAAUGGACUUACUAUCCAGUAUCCGGUUCAGGUUUUGCAUGCCACAGUGACUGUAAACUACAUCAAGAAACCAAGUCAACAUCUGCUAUUUUUUUUUUUUUUUUUUUUUUUAAUUUGUUGAACGUCAUAUUAACAGUUAAAGUCUUUUAAGGACGUGCCAUCAUAUUAAUGGUAAAUCUAUACUGUUCCACAGGUGAACACGACAGGUCAGUAAAACGCCACUGUAGCUGAUAACCCCUUGUCUUCCAACACCACACCCAUAUAAUCAUUAUAUACUGUGUACAGGAGGUCAAGCAGUUGGUAGAUUUUUUGCCCGAAUAUAUUUAUUCAAAUGCUGUAUUGAAAGUGUUUAAAAUAUAUUUCUGUAAAUGUUCAUUAAACAAACUGUAAGAUCUUGUACUGGUGGGUACAGAGAGUUAUACUUUACGCGGAGUGUGAAUAACACGUUUUUUUACGUCAUUAUUAAAUAUUUCAUUACCGCCAAUUACAUAUCUUUCGUCUCAGUUGUGACGUCAAAUGUAGCCUUGGAGUCCUCGACAUCAUUUCAUAUUUUAAACCAGGUCAUUUACUAAAUUAUCAUGUAUUCAGGCUUUAGUGUUAUAUAUGUUUUUUUCUGCUGUUGUUGAUAUUUGAUAUAUUCAAAGCCAGGAUAAACAUCUAUGAUGAUUCAAAUGAUUAAAAUACAAUGAGAUGUUGUUGAUGUUUGAUGUAGUCAAAACCAUUAUAUAUUGUUGCUGAUGCAAUUUAUCGAUAUACUGUUGUUGAUCAUAUACAGCUCUGAAUAGAAAUCAAUAGCACAUUGUUUUGUUCAGAAACUUAAGGCACCAAAUAAACAAAAACGGUUCAUUUGUUUGGACAAAAGGUGUCAGUUAUGUGUUAAAUUGAUAAAUGUAUUGUAACCUUACUAUUGAAAUAAAUCUCUGCUAAAAUAACAAAUACGAACAAUUUAAUUAGAGAUUUUUACAAUAAAAACGAGAAAGUGCUGUUAUUUAAUUUAUUUUAUCGAUUUAUUCGAGUGGGUAAAAAUAUUUCAAUAUGCAAACCUUUAUUAACAGAAAACUUUAAUAGUUUCAUUAUUUUAUUCUAAACCCGUACGGAUAUAACUGUCUGUAAACUUCAGUUAAGAAUUGACUGUCGUUAUUCAAAAGCUUUCUCCGUAGUGCUUUUAGAGGUAGGUGUUUGUAAACCGAGUCCAAUACCAAAGGAAAAGUUGUAAACGAUUUAAGAUGAUUUCCGAAUGUUUGGUGUUCUUAAAAAGGAAUCUCUCUUGCAGUAUGAUUUGGCUCCCUGUCAUAAGUCAAUGAGCUUAAGAUAUUUUAGAACAAAGCCGAAAUACAAAAUAUCUAUGGCGGUAAAUAUUUCUGGCAUGAACCCGAUCGAAAACAUUUUGGUCACAUCAAAAAAGGAUGAUAAGAAGCAUGCCAACAAAAAAAGUGGACCUUUGGAAGGCUUGGCAAAGGUAUUGGUAUUCAUUACAUAAAACGUUCUGCAAAUUACUAAAUCAAAGCAAUCUUAACAGUAGCAGUGAUAAAAAUUAAGGAAUUCUAUACAAAAUAUUAGUCUAGUAAUGGUCGAAAACAUUUCUGGUAUUGAGAGAAAUCCAAAACGCAUUCAAUAGUUUUGUUACUCUUACUGGAAAUAUAUCUGUUAAUAAAAUGUGCCCUUAAUUGUUAAACAAAGCGAAGUGUUAUAUAUUAAUUUCUAAUCGUACCUUUUUCUACAUUGUAAUAUAAACGUUUUAGUUUUGUCAUCUUAUUCGUGCAUAUGCUUGAAGAAGACUUGUUUAGGUCAAGCUAAAAGUAAUCAAUGUCGGGUAAGACAUUUUAAUAUGCAGACAUGAUUAUAAUAAAGAACAAAUGAUGACCUUAUUAUAGUAAGAUUAACUAGUUGUAUAUAAUAUGUAUAACACAUUUUAACACGGUCAGGCAUAUGUGGAAACAUGUAUCGUUUGUGAUGCCGUUUUUUUAGAAUUAAGACAUAACGACAUAAUUUAUUGUAUAUGGUAUUUAGCAUGCGUGACUGAACAGUUGUCAUUGAUAUUAUAUUGUUGGUGGUUUGUUGUCAACACGAUGGUUGUUGUUGAUAUUUUGUAUAUCAUAUUCAACGCAAUACUAUAAAUGUGUAUAUGAUCAGCACAAUUGUUUACUGUUGCUGAUAGUCAACAUCAUGCUAUAAUAUUGUUGAUUUUUGAAGUCAAUACAUGCUUAACUGUUGCUGUUGUUUUGUAAAGUCCAAAUAAUGCUAUUUUGUUGUUGAUGGUUUGUAGCCAACACAAUGAUUUACUGUUGCUGUUGUUUUGUUGAGUCUUUGCAUAACCAACGCAAUGUUUCACUGUUGCUGAUAUUUUGUAUGGCGAGCAUAAUACUUUACUGUUGCUAUUGUUUAGUAUAGCCAACACAAUGUUAAACUGUUGAUAUGUCUGUAUAGCCACUUAAUGUUAUAUACCGUUAUUAAUUUUGUACAGCCAGCGAAAUGCUAAACUGGUGGAGAUGUUUUGUAUAGCCGACGCCAUGAUAGACUGUUGUUGAUAAAAUGUAAUAGCCAACACAUUUUCAGAGUGUUUAGACUGUUGCUGAUGUUUUGUAUAGUGAACAUAAUGUUAUACUGUUAUUGUUGUUUUGUAUAACUAAAACCAUCCUAUGCUUUUGUUGAUGUUUUGUAUAGCCAGCACAAUUUCAGACUCUUGCUGAUGGUUUGUAUAGUGAACAUAAUGUUAUACUGUUAUUGAUGUUUUGCUAGUGAACGGACAAAUGAUAGACAGUAACUGAUAUGUGUAUAGACAGUACAUUUGGGCUAUUACAAAUGUUUCAAUGUGCUAUUUCAUAUUAGAUUGCUAAAUGUUAAAACUGCAAUCGCCCAUGAUUGUAUAACUUCCAUUCAUGAAACGAAAUUUGCCACUUUCGUUAACCUCUUUCGAACAAAAACGAAAAUUCCUUGACGAGUUUCAAGAAUCGCGUAUGUAAGAACAUAAAACGAUUUAUCACAUGGUCAAGACUAGUUCAUGCACAAUAUGUCGAAAUUGGUCCUAAUAAAUGCGUUCAUAUGUAAACAAACAAUGUGACAUUGGUGCAUUCACUGCAUUCCAAGGUAAAACUCUUUAACCGUGUGGUAAAGUGAUUUACUUUUAUUAGUGUUAGCGCAUUGAUACAUUGUUGUUGUUUGGUAUGGUCGAAGUCAAUAUACUAUCGUUUUAUAUACUACAUAUAUUGAAAUUCCGUUGUUGAUGAUUUAUGUAGUCAUAACAAUUACAAACUGUUGUUGAUGUUAAACAUAAAUUUAUACAUUGGUAUACCGUUGUUCCUGAUUUAUAUAGUCAUACAAUACAGUCGUUGAUUACGUAUAGAAAUGUUCAUGUUUUAUAUAAUAAAGCAUGUUAUUUUCUACAAUAGCGAGGAAAAAGACUUUUUACAUUGAAGCAGUGCCCAUUUCUUCGUCAUAUUAUUAAGUUGAAAUUAAUCAAUCAUAAUUAAAUUAUGGUUUCUUAAAUGGCGUUUGCAUCAGCUUACCUCAAUGAAAAAGUGCUAUGCAAGUAACUUAUAUAGAAUUAUCUCACUUGCUAGAAGCUUUACCGUAUCUGUAUGAAAUUAUUACACUUGUCACCAGAAUUUCAGUGUGUACAAUGGUGAUGAAUUUGUCAUUUGUUACAUUUGAUUGUAGAUAUCUAUAUAUUGUUAUGGUUAUUUUUCAUUUUUGUGAUUUAUUAUAAAGAUUAAAUUUUGAUUUCGUGUCUUCCACUUAAUUCCCACAGUCAUGAGAAUAGUUCAUGCAAAUGUAUAGUAGCACUUGAUUUAUGGCCAAAGUCACAACUGUAUGCGCUAGAUGCCCAGCUUGUCAAGGUUUAUGAAAGAGCGAACUCCCAAAAGCAAAUGCAUUUAAGAGCAAGUACAAAUGUCUUGUAAUAAAAAAUAUUGAGUUCAUGAUUUGAAGAUUAAAUUGAUCUUUUGUAGCCGAAAAUUCCCCCAAAAAAUUAAUAAUAUCAUAAUAUAAAUUCUCAAGAUUUUUACCAACUAUGCUUUUCAGUGUAGACAAAUAAGAUCUUGAAGUCCAAAACGCUUAACCUGAAGCGGUACCUGAAAUGUGGUUGCUUUAUUGAUCGUUCUUUAAUGUGCUUUUAUGCUGAAUGGACUAUUUGAUGGUCACCUUACAAAUGCCUUGAAUUACUGUCUCCAAAAUGAUGUUUUUGCCAUAAAAAUAGAACGGAUCUAUUAACGUGAAUGUUGUCCUUUCUUAUACAUUUAUCAUUAUUGGUUUGAGGUGUAAAACAAUGGAGGUUUACUAUAUUGUACUUGUGCUGCUGAUGCAUGUUGGCUUUCAACAGAAGGUAAUACUAUUCUACAUAUAAGACUUACUUUACAAUUGAAAGGGAUCAAAAGCUGCACACGUUUGUACUCCUGCAAGUUUUACAGUCCUUUUUUUUAGAUCAGUAAAACCUGAGUGGGCAUUGUCUUGUUAUGUAGAAGUUUUGUUGAUCGUGUGAUACUUCCUGUAUUUUUUGUGUACAGUAUAUUUUAAGACAUCUUUACUCUGUAACUAUUUAUCUUGGAUGGCUCUUGUUUUCUUUAACCUAUAUCAAAAUAUGAUUUUUAGGAAUACAUUUUUAAGUAAAAAUCAUGGUUAAUCUAACACAGAAAAUUUUCUUCCUUACAAAUAGUUCUUUUUGUAAUUAACUUUUAAAUUAUACACAUUAAGAUGUUAUAAUAGUACUGUGUAUUAUGAUUUUUAUUAUUUUUUUGUUAAAAUUCAUAUUUCCUCCUUCCAUUUCAUAUAUAAAAUAGUGCCUUGAGCUAGACUAAGGAAAACGUUCAAAGAAAAUUGAAAUCAAAUUUGUGAUAUUGUCGUAAAUUCCUAAAACUAUAAACAGGUGCUUCGUUGACACAUUUCGGCGACAUUUUUCGAUUGAGUGAAUUAGUGUUUACAAAAGGGUUAUUCAUACACACAACUAAGUAAAUUUACAAAUUUUCAUAAUUGCUUCUGCAAAGCGAAACGAAAAUAAAAUAAAAUAAAACAAGCAAAAACAUUAGCUGAUGUUGUUGGGAUAGUCAUCCUCGAUAUCCAGGGGUUACGCUCACUUUCGCUCUCUACACCCCUGGAAUAUGUCAUGGCAAAAUUG